AUUACAAGACCCACACAGUCAAAGAGGGAUGUCAACUAAAUAAUCAUGUGAUUCAUUAUAUGCGAGUAAGAACAGGCGUUUGUCUCCCACACGCUGAGUGCCCGCCGGUGUAUCACGUCCCCCUCGCUCGCUCUGCUGCUCUCUCAUCCGCCGGGCUGAGCGACUAAAGCAGCCUGACAGAUAAGAGCUAGGAGGGAAGAGGAAACGGAGCCACGGAGGUGGUGAGCAUCAACAUGGGGCCGAGACUGCUGCUGCUGGGGCUCGCGUGGGUCCUUCUGGUCGUCCAUACAACCAAUGUUCGAUGUCUAAACGGCGACGAGGACCAAAGCCAGGACACGGAGUGCAAGGUGAAAAGCGUUACCGUCUCGGCGCUGCCGUUUCUGAGGGAAAACGACCUGAGCAUCAUGCACAGCCCGUCGGCCUCCGAGCCCAAGCUGCUGUUCUCCGUAAGAAACGACUUUCCCGGAGACGUCGUGGUGGUGGACGACCUAGAAAACACAGAGCUCCCCUUUUUCGUCUUAGAGAUUUCUGGGAACUCUGAGGACAUCCCCCUGGUGCGCUGGAGACAGCAGUGGCUGGAGAAUGGCACUCUGCUCUUCCACAUCCACCAUCAGGAUGGCAGCCUGAACCUCCCAGAACCAACUGAAGACCCAGCCAAUGAUUCUGCCAAGGAGGAGCUUCGCAUCCUGCACAUCUCUGUCAUGGGCGGGAUGAUUGCCCUUCUGCUGUCCAUCCUGUGCCUCGUCCUGAUCCUCUACACCCGCAGGCGCUGGUGUAAACGUCGUCGCAUCCCUCAGCCCCAGAAGAGUGCCAGUGCUGAGGCUGCUAAUGAGAUCCACUACAUCCCCUCAGUGCUAAUGGGAGGCCAGGCCCGGGAGAGCUUGAGGAACUCCCGGGGUCAGGGGCCAAACUCCAGCGGCACCCUCAGCAUCCGGGAGACACCGAUUCUUGAUGGAUAUGAGUAUGACAUUACUGACCUCCGGCACCAUCUGCAGCGAGAGUGUAUGAAUGGUGGAGAGGAAUUUGCCAGCCAAGUCACUCGUACCCUGGACUCCCUCCAGGGUUGUAAUGACAAGAAUAAUAUGGACCUCACACCUGUGAGUGACAACACCAAGCUGGCCCUAAUGAACAAAUACAAGGACAACAUCAUUGCCACGAGUCCCAUCGACAGCAACCACCAGCAGAACACCCUGCUUCCACACAACACCUCCACCAGCCAACGCAAACGUCUCUCCAGCAACACCCGUGCGGGCUCAACUUUCUUGAACCCAGACGGGGACUCUGGGACGGAGGCAGACAGUGAGCCUCAGCUGGCCUUUUACACCGACCCAAACCGCAGUCGCCGCCGGAGUCGAGCAGGUUCUCCACGGAGUCCCAUCAGUAAGACCACCCUGACUCUGAUCAGUGUCAUCAGCUGUGUGAUCGGCCUGGUUUAUUCCUCUCACCUUUCCUGCAGCCUCUCAGUUCGGGUAAUCCUACACGUGCCGGAGCACCUCAUUGCUGAUGGGUCGAGGUUCAUCUUGCUGCAGGGGAGCCAGUUAGAUGCCUCAGACUGGCUGAACCCAGCCCAGAUCUUGUUGUACUACCAGCAGAAUGCCAGUGGAUCCUGGGUCAGUGAGCUGUGUGGACGACGCCUGCUGGACCCCUGUGAGCAUCAGUGUGACCCAGAGACAGGAGAAUGCCUUUGCCUAGAUGGUUACAUGAAGGACCCAGUCCACAAGCACCUCUGCAUUCGCAGUGAGUGGGGGCCCAAUCAGGGUCCAUGGCCAUACACCAUCUUCCAGCGUGGUUUUGAUCUUGUAAUGGGAGAACAACCUUCUGAUCGCAUUUUCAGGUUCACAUACACCUUAGGAGAAGGGAUGUGGCUGCCACUGAGUAAAAGCUUUGUCAUCCCCCCUGCCGAGCUCGCCAUUAACCCCUCAGCCAAGUGCAAGACGGAUAUGACAGUCAUGGAGGAUGCAGUUGACGUACGAGAGGAAUUGAUGAUCAGUUCAUCCUUUGACUCUUUGGAGGUUCUCCUGGACUCUUUUGGACCAGUCAGAGACAGCCGCAACUUCCGCUGCAUAUCUGACCGAAAGGUGGACUCUACUGGAUGUGUGUGCCCUCCAGGGUUGAGUCCUAUGAAGGAUGGGACCGGGUGCUACGACCAUCACAUUGGCAUUGACUGCUCCGAUGGUUUCAAUGGAGGAUGUGAGCAGCUGUGUCUCCAGCAGCUGGCCCCUCUAGAGGAUGACCCAACACUCUACAACAUCCAGAUGUUCUGUGGGUGCAUCGAGGACUAUAAGCGUGGUCCUGAUGGGAGGUCCUGCCUGCCGCUGUCUGAGGCAUGCACCGAUGGAAUCGACUGUGGGGAAGCAGUGGACAUCCCUGCUAAUCAGACUGUGUUCGGAGACCUUUUCUACGGAUACAACAACCACACCAAAGAGAGCAGCUCUGGUCAGAUCCUCAAGGCCACAUUCAGGCAGAAGAACUUUGCCCGAGGCAUUGAGCAGCAGCUCCCAGAUGGCAUGGUUGUAGCAUCAGUGCCAACGGAGGUUCAGUGUCACGAGGAGCUGUCAGACCCUGUGCCCGACCCAGAAUACCUCACAGGCAUGGUGAACUACAGCGAGGUGUCUGGCUACCCCUUGGUUCAGCACUGGAGUCUUCGCUCUGUGCUGUAUCACGUCAAACUCAAUCAGUGGGUCCUCUCUCAAGCCUUUAGCUCGGCCAUUCAUUCUCUGGAUGGGGCAACACAGCGGAGUGACUUUGUCUCCAUCCUCAGGGAGUUUGGGAACCACUAUGUGCAGGAGGCAGUGUAUGGGUUCCAGGAGUCCUGUACCAUCUGGUACCCCAACAAACAGGUCCAGAGACAGCUGUGGUUGGAAUAUCAGGACAUUAGCAAAGGUAACUCCCCUUCAGAGGAGUCAGAGGAGCGUGAUAAGGAGCCGAGGACGUUGACCUAUCCUGCGUACAUCGCCAGCCUGCUGGACACGGGUGCAAAGCGUAUGGCUGCCGGUGUCCGCAUGGACUGCACCAGCCAGGGCCAGUGCCCACGUUCCUGCCACCUCUGCCACAUGAGCCCGAGGGCAGCUCAUGGGCGGCAGCAGUCUGAGCCUGUCCUGCUGCAGAUUACUAAGGCUGCACCCAUCUAUGAAUUAGUGUCCAACAAUGAGACAUACCAGGCUCUUCAGGAGGCAAUGAUGAGCAUGCUGUGGUGUUCGGGGAAGGGCGAUGUUAUCGAUGACUGGUGUCGGUGCGAUUCUAGUGCUUUUGGCACAGAUGGCCUGCCCACCUGUGCCCCACUUCCCCAACCUAUGCUAAAGCUGUCUUACACCUACGAGCCCAGCAGCUCAUUAGUCAUCAUGGAAUGGAACCACACUGAGCCGCCAAUCGGCGCCCGGAUCGUAGAUUACCUCAUCAGCCAAGAGAAGGUGACGGAGCGGACUGACCACUCCAAAGUUGAGACAGAAACCCUUCUGAGCUUUGUGGAUGACAUCUUGUCUGGGGCCAGGUCUCCAUGUGUGAUGUUAGGGAACAUCCCCAACCUCCUGUCCUCUUCAAUCAGUAUGAUUGUUCGCUGCCUGGAACCUGACACCACAUACAUGUUCCGACUGUGGGCAGUAGACAACACAGGGCGCCGUUCCAGUUCAAGCGAGGUCACCAUCAAAACUCCAUGUCCAACUGUGGAUGAUGUCAAAGCACAAGAAAUAGCAGAUAAAAUCUAUAACCUGUUCAAUGGUUACACCAGUGGAAAGGAGCAGCAGACAGCCUAUAACACUCUGAUGGACCUGGGCGCUCCCACACUGCACCGUGUGCUCUACCACUACAACCAGCGCUACGAGAGCUUUGGGGAAUUCACCUGGAGGUGUGAGGAUGAGCUAGGACCCAGGAAGGCCGGCCUCAUCCUCUCCCAGUUAGAUGAGCUCUCGCUGUGGUGUAAGGGUCUUCUUCAGGAGCCAAAAAUUGGCCUUCGCAGGAUGUCCCUCAAGUUCCUGUCGUGCCGUUACACUGACACCAAGGCCUUUGGCCUGAACUGGUCGGACAUGGGCCAAGAUGUACACAAGGCUUGUGAUGAGCAGAUGCUCACUGUCAUGUAUAAUGACUAUGGUGAGCCUAAGGAGUUCUAACAGUUUUCUAAGAUUUCAGUUUGGAGGUGCACAGGAAUAUAUAUAGGAGAUUUAUCAAGCUCAUCAAAAUUAAAACACAUCGCACACCUCCUCUCUAGUGUUCUAUAAACACCAAACAUUUUCAGCUAUCUUGCUUAUAUUUGUCAACCCCAACAAAGAAGCAAUUAAAAUGCUGGUUUUACAUUUACUUCCAUAAGAUAUAUGCAUAACCGCACAAUGUCAUAAGCAAACGCUAACCAUUAUUUGUAAUGUCAUUUACUCUAUUUAGCUUUACCACUUUAUAAAUGUAUCUAAAAAUCUAAUCAGCGCUUCCAGGUAGGACACUGCUGAAGCCUGCACUGGAACUCUGGUGGUACUGGUGGCUGUGCCUUCUGUAAGGUAAUCCAUUCCUCCCUUGCAAUGAUACGUAAAAAUCAAACCAAACUUAACACAUUUUACAGAUGCUUUAGAAUAAAAUUACAGCACGCAUCAUCAUUUAUCUUCAGUCCCUCUUCUUACAUAACAAUGACAU